UCUCUCUCUUCCCGCUGUAGUAACACUGACGCUGAUUAUUUCACUGCAGCAGCUCCUGCAGCAGCAGCCUCCCAGCCCAGGCACUUACUCUGGUUCAGAGGCCCUCGCAAGCCUGCUAUAAUCACCCCCGCAACACGAGUGCUCUGCCCCUGGGAACGCCAGCCUCCUCACAGUGUCUCUGCAUGACUGUCACAAAGAUGUCAUGGUGUCCGCAGUACCGAAGCUCCAAGUUUCGAAACGUCUAUGGGAAAGUGGCCAACAGGGAGCACUGCUUCGAAGGCAUACCCAUCACCAAGAACGUCCACGACAACCACUUCUGCGCCGUCAAUGCCAAGUUCCUCGCCAUAGUAACGGAGAGCGCUGGCGGAGGCUCCUUUCUAGUCAUCCCAGUGGAACAAACUGGACGGAUUGACCCUCAUUACCCGAAAGUGUGCGGGCAUCAGGGGAACGUCCUGGACAUCAAGUGGAACCCCUUCAUCGACAACAUCAUCGCUUCCUGUUCAGAGGACACUUCGGUGAGGAUAUGGGAGAUCCCGGAGGGGGGGCUGAAGCGGAACAUGACGGAAGCGGUUCUCGAGCUGUACGGACACAGCCGGCGCGUAGGUCUGAUCGAGUGGCAUCCUACCGGCAACAACAUCCUGUUCAGCGCCGGGUACGAUUACAAGAUCCUCAUCUGGAACCUGGAUAUCGGUGAGCCUGUUAAGAUGAUCGACUGCCACUCCGAUGUCAUCCUCUGCAUGUCUUUCAACACAGACGGGAGCUUAGUGGCCACCAGCUGCAAGGACAAGAAGCUCCGGGUGAUAGAGCCCCGCUCUGGGAGAGUGUUGCAGGAAGCAAACUGCAAGAACCACAAAGUGAACCGCGUGGUGUUCCUGGGGAACAUGAAGAGGCUGCUGACCACGGGGGUGUCCCGGUGGAACACCAGGCAGAUCGCACUGUGGGACCAGGAGGACCUGUCCAUGCCGAUGAUUGAGGAGGAGAUUGACGGGCUGUCAGGGCUGCUGUUCCCCUUUUAUGAUGCCGACACACACAUGCUGUACCUGGCUGGAAAGGGCGACGGGAAUAUCCGCUAUUACGAGAUGGGCACGGAGAAGCCCUACCUGCAGUACCUGCUGGAGUUCAGGUCCCCCGCGCCACAGAAGGGACUGGGUGUAAUGCCGAAGCACGGGCUGGACGUGUCGGCCUGUGAGGUGUUCCGCUUCUACAAACUCUUCACUCUGAAGGGGCUCAUCGAGCCCGUCUCCAUGAUCGUGCCAAGAAGGUCAGAAACUUACCAAGAGGACAUCUAUCCGAUGACGCCAGGCAUGGAGCCAGCUCUCUCAGCCGGUGAAUGGCUGAGUGGGAUCAACAGAGAUCCUGUAUUGAUGUCGCUGAAGGAGGGCUACAAGAAGCCGUCCAACUUAGUUUUCAAAGCGCCUGUUAAAGAAAAGAGGAGCGUGGUGGUAAAUGGAAUCGACCUACUGGAAAACGUGCCACCGAGGACAGAGAAUGAGCUCCUGCGGGUGUUCUUCCGACAGCAGGACGAGCUCCGACGGCUAAAGGACGAGCUCUCGCGAAGGGACGUUAAAAUCCAGCAGCUGGAACUGGAGCUGAAAAACCUGAAGAACAGCCCCAAACCCAUGUGACCUCACUGGACACGGCACAACACGCUGAGCAUCCCGGGCAGGACAUCUCACUGAACACACGAGCCAGGCCUGCCAACCAGCUUCACGCACACCUGCCUCUCUCUGCACUGGAGCAGUGCUGUCUGAAUGAGUCGCGGGUAUCUGUGUGCUUUCCAGCAAUUCCAUUAGCCUCCGAUAUCGGCUCCUCUGCAGUCCACCUCCUACAAAAGCUAUGGAAACACGAGGAAGAGCCACGAGCAUUACAUAAUAGACUAUUAUUACAGUUCUCUCUUUUCAAGUGCUGCUCCAGCUCACUAUAGGCUGAGUUGCUUUUAAACACAAACAAGCUGUGAUUUCAUUAGACCCACAGCCUGGGCUCUCAGCUGCAGUAUACCCCCUGUCUGUCUAAACAUCCCAGCUGCGGUAUACCCCCGUCUGUCUAAACAUCCCAGCUGCAGUAUACCCCCAUCUGUCUAAACAUCCCAGCUGCAGUAUACCCUCUGUCUAAACAUCCCAGCUGCAGUAUACCCCGUCUGUCUAAACAUCUCAGUUGCAGUAUACCCCGUCUAAACAUCCCAGCUGCAGUAUACCCGUCUGUCUAAACACCCCAGCUGCAGUAUACCCUGUCUGUCUAAACAUCCCAGCUGCAGUAUACCCCCUGUCUAAACAUCCCAGCUGCAGUAUACCCCGUCUAAACAUCCCAGCUGCAGUAUACCCCCUGUCUAAACAUCCCAGCUGCAGUAUACCCCCUGUCUAAACAUCCCAGCUGCAGUAUACCCCCUGUCUAAACAUCCCAGCUGCAGUAUACCCCCUGUCUAAACAUCCCAGCUGCAGUAUACCCUGUCUGUCUAAACACCCCAGCUGCAGUAUACCCCCUGUCUAAACAUCCCAGCUGCAGUAUACCCCCUGUCUAAACAUCCCAGCUGCAGUAUACCCCCUGUCUAAACCUGGCUACCUUGCAGCACAUCUCAUAAGAUUUAUUACCGUGGUCAAUGCUGCUGCUGCUGAUUUUAUUAUUAUCAUGAUUAUUAUUACAAUAGACGUACGUUUAAAGUGGCCGUUAAUCUCUCUGAGCUUCUUUGUAAAGACUGUAUGAAACAAGAAGACGUUCCUCUUGCAGACAGCGGGUCCUGCAUUGAUACACGUGUGAGAUUCGAGUCACAGCUGUGUGUGCGUGUGUGCGCGCGCAUCGUGGCUGGACAAUCUCCUGGAUGCUCUUCUGGGUUUGAAGCGCAGUGACAGGGUGGCCAAGUGACCUGUGCCACGGCUAUGUCUUCAAACUGGAUUUUAACAAAAGCUCCUUAAAAAAUCUUUACAAUUUAAUAAAUUAAUUAAUAAAUAAAUAAAUAAAUAAAUACAUAACCUGUAUUAAAUAAAUAUAUAAAUAAUAAAAUGUAAAUUAAUUUACAUUUCAGUUCAGGUGUCCCAGUUCAAUUUCAGGGAGGUCUGUAACCCUCCUGCUGCUGUGUUGGGGUGCGCAGAACACCCCUGAAUUCACUUCAUAGGGAAACGGUGCCCCCCUGCCCCCCACAAUGUUUGCAUUAGUGGGUCCAAGUGUUAUAACUUUUUUAUUAAUUCUGUUUUGUACUGUUCGUGUUAAUAAUGCAUUCCUUAAAUAUUUGAAACCCACUGUUCUGAAUGCUUACAGCUAUUGAUCAGGGAAAAGGAACACCUCCCUGUUGAAAUGCGUAUUUUAUAAUAGAUGCAUUCUGUGUAGGCUGAACAUUUCCCAACACCUACUAACAUCACGAACCAGCUGAUAAAUUGAAAUAAGGGAGGAGAAUCCUGGUUCAGGUUGUGGAUGAAUAAAUAAAUGAAUGUGUAAUCAAAGUGUACAUUUUAAACUAUUAAUAAUGUAUACUUUUACCAUCCUAACUACAGUAUGUGAUUCUAGUCAUAAACACUUGCACCAUUAAUAGAGACUUGGUGUAAAUUCUGAAUACACAGUAUAUGAUGCUUUUACGUACAAAAUCAAAACAUGAGCCACAAGUAAAGAUGAGAUGCAAAGUUAGUGUGCUAUUGGAAGUGAGAAAGAUAAGGUGUUUUUUUUAAAUAGUAUGUCAAAAUAUGGUAGAUAGGCUGGUACUCCCAAAAAACACCUGUCCAGGGACAAUUGAAACACUGCAGUGGGGUUACCCCAGCUGAGUGAGGCUGUGGUUGAGUGUGACACUCAGGAAAGAGAUUUUAAUGAAUUGAGUUCCCCUCCUUUAACCCCUGACACUGAAAUGAAUGCUUGUGGUGUGGCUACCCCUCGCCUAUAACCGGAGAGGUAUUUCGUUGUUAUGCCAGAGCUGUGGCAGCCUGUUUGAAGGGAAGCUCAUUUUACUGCUUUUAACAUGCUUGCUAUGCACUGGUGUGACACUAGAGGGCGUGACACCAUAACAAAACUGGAAGUGUAGCUCACUACAACAGAUACUGGAAGGGUAAAGAAUUUUUUUUUUUUUUUUUUUGUUGCCAUUAACCUUAAGGAAUUUCCUAAUAAACUGUCCACUAGUGCCUGUGUAAUGUUUUAUUUAAAUUGUGGUAGGCUGUUACCUAAAUUAUUUCCUAUUUUACAAUGUAUAUUGAUCUUUUGCUGUUCCUUUUUUUAAUACAGGCACAUGAUGCAAACAAGGGUGCUGUAAUAGACACUCGCAGUCCUGGGAUUUAAAUGGGUUUCUGUUGAGUUGCUAUGACUGUGUUGUAAUACAGCAAGAGGAUUCAUAGUUUUAUGAGUAUAUUAUAGGAAUCUUAGCUUUUCUUUCCUCUCUGUUUCUGAAUCAUCAGUGGAAGCAUUUUAUAUUAUUUUUCUGGACUUUAUUACCACUUGGCAGCCGAUUCUCAACAGUUUGUACUUUUUAAAAAUUAAUAGUAUUGCAAUUUUCAAAGUAUGAGAGGAUGUUCUUAAACCAUUAGUUACUUUAAUCUUCUCAGAAUUAAACUAAAAAAAAUACUUGCACUGGACAGGACCGACAUUCCGGUUUGUGACUUCUGUUCUGGAGGUUGUUGCAUUUGUUUUGUUAAUACGUUUGUUCUAUUGAUGUCUUGUUACUGCAGAAGCCUCCUGCUUAUUCUGCAACAGCUGGUUGUCAUUCAUUCAGCAGUACCCUGUUGGUUGUUUCUCUGUGCCAUGUCACAGGUCUGCUUGCAAAACACACACAAACUGUUAUUAAAUUUUUAAAGCACUAAAUACUAAA